AUGUGUGUGCGUGUGGGCGUCUGGGGUGGGGUGGGUGGGCGGAGGGGCGCGGGUGUGGUGGGUAGGUACAACAUGCGUCGCCGAAGCCAGCAGCUCCCCGUAGUAACUAUUUCCGAGUUUGAACGAAAGAUUGAGUUGCUGCGGUUGGCACGGCAGUAUGCAGAGGGGGAAGGGCCAGUGGGGGCCGUCCAACCACUGACGUCGGAAGGCGAGCGGUCCCGAGGGACUCCUGCUCUAAGUGGCGCCGCUGCAGAGUUUCAUGCGGCUGUCCGCUGCAAUAGAAAGGGCAGGGACCAUCUGAAGAAGCAACUUCCGCAACAGCAACAGCAGCCAGAAGACGACGAUGCGGAGACAGCAGCAACGGCAGACGAAAGGACAGCAGCGGCGAAAGCAGCGGCCGCUGCUUGGCGUGCUGCCCUGCAGCAACACCCUGAGCGGUGCAACUUAUUCGAGCAGAUGCCUGCCUUUGCAUCAGCAGCAGAGAACUUGAAGUACAUGAAAAAGGCAUACGGCUUCUUUGUAGGUUAA